CCCCACGGACGCGCACAGUCUCCGUCGCCUUCGUUAGCGAGCACCACCAUCGCCUCUCCUCUCCCGAGCCUGCCUUCACGCCGCCAUCGCAACAACUCACGCCGCUGUGCCCACCCGCCUUUGCAGUGCCCCAUUGCAACAUCUCUCUGCCACGAUCUUCACAGUGAGGAAGAGAUUGUGUUUGGGAUGCUCACCUGUGACCUGAAACUGAGAUGAGAGAUGUCUGACGACACAUCACACUCCAUCGCCCGCCUGCCAAGCAUGAUGGAUUGAGAUAUCAUGAGCAGGGGAGAGAUUUGUGCGGAGCCAUUUCUGCCUGAGUAGGUUACGAAGAACUUCGAGUCUGCCAAAUUGUCUAUCAGGCAACGAUAUCUCAGAAUAAAGUAACGAAUAUACUGUUCACAUUGUUGACAGAGGAACCUUCACAGUUUAUCUAACAGAUAUUCCCCGGAUUUUGCUAUAGGAUUAGAGGAGAAGGGCACUGGAGCAUUAACUCAACAAGGUGGUGGUGGCAAUACAUCAGCUUUCCUGAAGUACAGCCUAGGCUUUCUGAGUCGCUUGGUGGCCGGUACUUUGAGGCAACUAAGGCAGUCUCCAUCACAUUCAACUUUUCAGGUUUACCACUUGGGGUUCCUGUAGAUCCUUCACAAGUGUUUGAAUGGGCAACACACUCUGUGAUAUUUGAGACUGAGGGCACAGGCAAGGCUGCAGAGAAUAAAUCAGUUGAAGACAAGAUACCUUGGGUGAUAAAGAGCAGACCCCCAAGGCAGUACAGUAUAAAACACCUGAGGAUGCUAACGACGAACUGGUAUCUUGUUUGAACUCAUCGUCAUCCCCUUAUCAUCAUUUGCAUGCACCACAACAGGAAACUGGUACUCAAGAUCACGAAUAUAAGUACUUGCAAGAUACCUCCAGUCGGGGGAUAUCAAAAAGGUGCAGAUCUAGUAAUUUACCAUGUCAGUGCCGGAAAUAAAGGUCACUGACUCACCCGAAAAUGAGCUCAUGGAUUAUGAAGAGGAUGCAACCAGUAACCAGUCCCAAAGGUCUAGUGAUACCGAGAAGGUCAAGCAAUUCUUCACCACUUCGACCACAGUUCCGCCAGUCAAUCCCAGAUAUUCAGAUCGAAACAGUAGAUACUGAUGACUACCAAAGAGUACCAGAAUAUGAGACUCAAGCACAAUACUCAGACAAUGUUUUUGACGAUUCUCAGAAUGAAGAAUUCUUCAGCAUUGAUGCAAAAGACAGGUCAAGGCGCAAGUCCAAUGAAGAGACUUCAUCAGAUGUCCAGGGAAGAUAUCUCACAGAAGUUCUCAAUACCAAGAGUCGAAGGUCCUUCAGUGACAGUUCACCAGAGAGAUAUGGUCGAAGAAAGUCAGUUGCAGAGCUAACACCUGAGAUGAAAGCCCGCAUUUCUGUGUUUGAAGAAAUAACGGACCUCCAGACAGAUAUGGCUGUUCCCUAGUCACCUGACUGAGGUAGAGGUCAGGAGGGUCAGUGUUGACUAUGGUCAAGAUCAGGAUAUUGAGAUGAGCUCUGAUGAUGUCUUUAGCCCAAGCAACAAAGGCUCUUCCCGACGUUCGUCAGCUCAAGGGGAUGGCCUUGAGAGGCGAAAGUCAAUCAAGGACAAGAUUCUAAAUAUAGAACGAAGGAAAUCCCUCCGAGACGAAUCUGUUGGUAUGCCGGACAAAUAUCUAGAAGUGGAUCCAGCAUCAGGAGGAAAACGAAGUAGAACUUCUGAGGAAGAAAUAUUAGUUACAGAACGCAGGAGGUCAACUGGAGGUGAGCUGUUGGACAUCAAACGCAGAAAGUCAACAAAAGAAGAUAAUCUAGACAAUUUGCAAAGGAGGAAGAGUAAGGACGUAAGUGCAGAAAGGAAGUUAAGCAGAGGCGAAAUCCAAGCUAUAAACCAAAGAAGAUCAUCAACCAAAGAUGAAUUACAAGACAAGGAUAGGAGAAUGAGCAAAGAAGAAAUUAUGACCUCAAAACGUAGAAGAUCAACACGAGCUGAAUUACAAGAAUUAGAAGGAGAAAGACUCAGCAAAGGUGAAAUACAAGAACUCAAGAGGAGGAAGUCAUCCCAUGGUAGUUCUCAUGAUGCAGAUGGUAACAGUCGUCGUGAAAGUGUAAAUUCUGAAGAUCCAAAUAUUCAGGCAGCUCUGAAAGCCCAGCUGGGGACUCUCCUCUUGCUCCCAGAAGCAGCUAAUAUAGAAGACUUAUCUGAUAAUUAUGAAACCUUUAGGGAAACAACAGAAGAAACAGUUACUCCAGAAGUUAUGGCCCGAAGCUUCAGUGAGUUGGAGGCUUCAGGAAGGAAUAGAUGAUGCAGAAUUAGAAGAACAAUA